AUGUUCCCAACCGACGAUGGACGUCCCACGACGUCUGGCGGGCGCCCGCAGACGGCGAAUCGGCCGCGCACUGCUCGACCUCCGACCGAGGACGGCGGCUUGAAUGAGUGGGCCGAGGAGGACUACGAGGACGAGGAAGACGACGACGUCGGCAUGUUCACCUUUGCUCGACCUACGACGGGCGACCCCGCGCAGGCAGCAACCUCGCCGCCCAACACCGCUCCUUUCACCCAAGCCUCCGCGCCUCACUCCCAGCCGUACUCCCCCUUCUCGCCCUUCGCGUUCGGCUUCGCUCAGUACGGCUCUGUUCCGCCUAGCACCGCAGCCCCGUCAGUCGGCGUACCUGGGACGGCCCUGACGCAGCCGCCAGCCGGCUCUCCGAUCUCGCCGGCCGCCGCCUACGCCCAGCAAGUCCAGUCUCAUUCGGCCGCGCCUUCGAGUCCCGAGCCACACGUCGGGCCCCGCAAGCGCGGAAGCUGGCAGUCGCCCGACAGCCCGGACCACGUCGUUGGGAACCCUUACGAGGACCAGCUGCGGCGCGAGCCGUCGAGGCGGACGAGCGGGAGCAGCGCCGACAAAAUUGAGGCGCUCGCGUCGGGCUGGGCAGACCAGCAUCUCUCGUAUGGUCUCGACGCGAACGGGCAGGCGAUCAUGCUCGACGAGAUGGGCGAGCCUUUGCGUUUGGCGACGACGCGCGAGCAGAAGAUGGUGGAUGCUGCGCGGCUCGAGCAGGACGACUUGACGACGGACGACUUCGAGGAGCUCGAGGACUCGCCGUACGCCGAAGUACAGGCCAGCGUGUCGAACUUGGACGACCCCGAGAUGCCUGUCCUCACGUUCAGGACGUGGUUCAUCGGCCUCCUCUUCUCCAUCGUCAUCUCCGCCUUCAACUGCUUCUUCUACCUGCGGUACCCCGCACCGCUCAUCACGCCCAUCAUCACGCAAGUCCUUUCGUACCCGAUCGGCAAACUCCUCUCCCGCAUCCUCCCUUACCGGACCUGGCGACUCCCGCGCUGGUCGAGGCGGCUCGGUUUGCCCGAGUCCUUCAGCCUCAACCCCAGCCCGUUCAAUAUCAAGGAGCAUGCCGCGAUCGUCAUCAUGGCCAACAUCUCGACUUCGCCCGCAUUCGGGCUCAACUACACCCUUGUCGCCGAGAAGUUCUACCACCAGCACCAGCCCUUUGGACUCGAUAUCCUCCUGAUCUUGACGACGCAAAUGAUCGGCUACGGCGCCGCAGGACUCUGCCGUCGCUUCCUCGUCUGGCCAGCUUCGAUGAUCUGGCCGCAAAACCUCGUCUUCGCCACGCUUCUCAACACGCUCCACGCCGAGGCAGACGAGGAUGAGAAAGGGCCUUCGAGGUUCCGCUUCUUCUUCUACGUCUUCGCAGGCGCGUUUGCGUGGUUCUGGCUGCCGGGCUUCCUCUUUGUCGCUCUUUCUGCGUUCUCUUGGGUCUGCUGGAUCGCGCCGAACAACGUCAUCGUCAACCAGCUCUUCGGCGUCUCGUCGGGUCUCGGCAUGGGUCUCUUCACUUUCGACUGGAGCCAGAUCGCCUUCCUUGGGUCUCCACUCGUCAUCCCGUGGUGGGCGGAGGUCAACACUUUUGUCGCCUUCGCGAUCGCUUACUGGGUCAUAUCGCCAAUUAUGUACUACAAGAACGUCUGGAACACCGCCUACCUCCCCAUGUCGACGAACAUGGUCUUUGACCGCUUCGGCGCGCCGUACAACACUUCGGCAGUCGUCGACCGGGUCGGGAUGAAGCUGAACGAGACGGCGUACCAGGAGUACUCGCCCCUCUACCUCCCGAUUACGUACGCUACAGUCUACGGCAUCUCCUUCAUGCUCGCGACGUCCAUCAUUGUCCACACCGCCCUCUACCACGGCAAAGAGAUCUUCCAACGAGUUCGUCGAGCGCGCAACGAGAAGGACGACGUGCACAUGCGGCUCAUGAGGAACUACCGCGAAGUCCCAGACUGGUGGUACCUCGCCUUCCUCGUCAUCGCGAUUGCCCUGACUAUCGUUACCGUUGCGUGCUGGGACACCUACAUGCCCGUCUGGUCGGUCAUCGUCGCCAUCCUUAUCGGCCUCAUCUACCUCGUUCCGGCGGGCUUCAUCUUUGCGGUCACGACGUAUCCGGUCUCGAUCAACCUCAUCGUCGAACUCGUCGCCGGCUACAUCAUCCCUGGUCUCCCUUUGGCCAACAUCCUCUUCAAGCUGUACGCUGUCCAGGUACUCAACCUCGGCCUGUACUUCGUCCAGGACCUCAAGCUCGGCCACUACAUGAAGAUCCCGCCACGCGCAACCUUCAGCGUGCAAGUCGUCGCGACCUUCGUCACCGCCUUCGUACAGGUCGGCAUCAAGCGCUGGCUCGUUGCUGUCGUGCCCGACCUCUGCGCAUCGAAUCAGUCGGCGCACCUCGUCUGUCCUUACGCUCGCUCCUUCUUCUCGGCUUCGAUCGUCUGGGGGCUCAUUGGACCAGCUCGACAGUUCGACAUCGGCGACUACUACAACCCGAUCCUCUUCUGGAUGCUCGCGGGAGCGAUCCUGCCGAUUAUCACCUGGCUCCUCGUGCGGCGAUACCCCAACUCCUGGGUCCGCCUGAUCAGCGUUCCUGCCGCGCUUGCCGGCGCGACGUUCAUGCCGCCUGCGACCGGUAUCAACUAUUCGUCAUCGGUGCUCAUGUGCUUCAUCUUCCAAUUCGUCAUCCGCCACCGCUUCUUCAAGUGGUGGUCCAAGUACAACUUUAUCCUGUCGGCCGGUCUCGACGCCGGCACGGUCGUCUGUGGCAUCGUCAUCUUCCUCACCCUGCAGCUACCGAAAGGCGGCACGAUCUCGCUCAACUGGUGGGGCAACUCAGUCUACACCAACACGCUCGACUGGCAAGGCGUCUCGUACAAGAUGGCGCCUCCGGAAGGGUUCGGUCGGACGUCGUGGUAG